AUGCGCCUCUGUCCACAACCGGGCCCCCUCGGCAUGGAGCCUUUCUUCCGGAAGCGGCUCACUUUCUUGUCCUUUUUCUGGGAUAAGAUCUGGCCAGCCGGUGAGCCGGACGAAGACAUCCCCCGGAUCCAGGGACUCGACGACAAUCCCGUGCUAGAGCAGCCCGCUGCCGUUGAGCCUUGCAGCUUUCCCGCCCCACGCUCCCGACUCUUCCGCGCGCUCUACGACUUCACUGCUCGGUGUGCAGAGGAACUGAGCGUCAGCCGCGGGGACAGACUCUUCGCCCUCAAGGAGGAGGGUGACUACAUCUUUGCCCAAAGGCUCUCUGGGCCGCCCAGUACCGGUCUGGUUCCAGUCACCUACCUUGCCAAGGCCACCCCUGAGACACCCUCGGACCACCCCUGGUACUUCAGUGGGAUCAGCAGAACUCAGGCCCAGCAGCUGCUCUUGUCUCCUGCCAAUGCACCAGGGGCCUUUCUCAUCCGGCCCAGCGAAAGCAGCAUUGGGGGAUAUUCCCUGUCAGUCCGGGCCCCAACCAAAGUCUGCCACUACCGCAUCUGCAUGGCACCCAGUGGAGGCCUCUACCUGCAGGAGGGCCGGCUCUUCCCCAGCCUGGACGCAUUGCUUGAUUACUACAAGACCAACUGGAAGCUGAUUCAGAACCCUCUGUUGCAGCCCUGCAUACCCCAGAUGCCCCUGGCUCAGGACGAGUGGGAACGACCACGAUCAGAAUUCGUCCUUCGGAGAAAGCUGGGUGAAGGCUUCUUCGGGGAGGUGUGGGAAGGCCUGUGGCUGGGCUCUAUGCCUGUGGCGGUGAAGGUUAUCAAAUCAGCUGACAUGAAACUGGCAGACCUCACCAAGGAGAUUGAGGCGCUGAAGAGCUUGAGGCACGAGCGACUGAUCCGGCUGCACGCCAUAUGCUCCCUGGGUGAACCCGUGUACAUCGUUACUGAACUCAUGGGCAAGGGCAACCUGCAGGUCUACCUGGGCAGCCCUGAGGGAAAGGCCCUGAACCUGCCUCACCUACUGGGGUUUGCCUGCCAGGUAGCUGAGGGCAUGAGCUACCUGGAGGAACGACGUGUUGUUCACCGGGACUUGGCCGCCAGGAACGUGCUCGUGGGUGAUGACCUCACCUGCAAGGUAGCUGAUUUUGGCCUGGCCAGGCUGCUCAAGGAUGAUGUCUACUCCCCAAGCAGUGGCUCCAAGAUCCCUGUCAAGUGGACAGCACCGGAGGCAGCUAACUACCGUGUCUUCUCCCAGAAGUCAGAUGUCUGGUCCUUUGGCAUCUUGCUGUAUGAGGUCUUCACUUAUGGCCAGUGUCCCUAUGAAGGAAUGACCAACCAUGAGACACUACAGCAGAUCAGCCGUGGAUACCGCCUGCCACGCCCAGCUGCCUGCCCAGCAGAGGUCUAUGUGCUUAUGGUGGAGUGCUGGAAGGGCAGCCCCGAGGAGCGUCCCACCUUUGCCACGCUGAGGGAGAAGCUGAACGCGACACACCGGCGGCUCCAUCUGAGCCUCACGUGACCACGUCUCCAGCCCCACAGGCAGCAGUUCUGGCAACUGCUUCCUGAAGGGUGUCUCCCCAGGGAACGCUCGUCACCAACACACACGGGAGAUGCUAUACACCUGGGAACGGCAACAGCCUGCAAGAACCAAACACACCAGAUGGAUACAUGCAGACGGGGCCUGGUCAUGAGUGCCCACUUAGAAGUGAGGGCUGAUGUCCUCCUCCUGGCAUAGUUUGAAUCCCUGGUGUUUCCAAAGUGUUGAUAAAGCAUCGAAGAAGGGCUGUA